AUGUCAUAUGGCAUUCUGAUGUGGGGUAUGGCUGCAGAUAUAGAGUCUAUAUUUAUUUUACAAAAAAGAGCAGCUAAAGAAUCUAUCGUCGUAAAGGUUCUAUCGUCAUUUAUGGGUCAAGGUGUAUACUACUUUAACAAAAUUCCUAUGGAAAUUUUAAAUUUACCAUCACCUAAGUUUAAAACCCAUAUUAAGAAUUGUCUACUCAGUAAAGGAUAUUAUACUAAUGUACGAGAUCAUGAUAAAAGAAAACAAGAAAAAGGUUUUUCAUUACAAGAUAACAACACUAACGAAAGUAAUAAUAUCACAAGAAGCGAAGUCAAGAAUAACGAUGCUAAUAUAAAUAUUUUUCUUUUAAUCUGUAUCAUCGGAGUUUCCCUAGGUUUAUUAUUAGAAAUUUUACAUACACAAAACCGGAAUAAAGAAUGUACAAAAGGAUCCGUCGUUCAGAAGCCAAAAUACUGGGUUUACUCGUCAUCGAGCGAUGUAGACAACAAGAAUGGCUUGCUAAAACAUGUCCAUUUAGUUCUGGAGAGAUAUGGUUACGAGAAAACUACGAACAGUACGCCGUCGUGGAGUUUGCUGUGGUCCCACGAUUACCCUUUCAGAGCCCUGUACCCAAGCUUACACAAAUUGAAAGCCCGACAAAUGGUGAACCACUUCCCCGGUACUGGUUUUAUAACGAACAAAGUCGAUUUGGCCACAACCGAUUUCAAAUUUAUACCGAAGGCGUUCAAACUGCCACAGAAUAAGAAAACCUUUUUGGAAUACGCCGCGAAGAAUAAACAUGCGUUGUUUUUAGAGAAACACAAUCAACACCGAGGAGUGUUUAUAAAGAACGUGUCCGAAAUAGAUUUGUCGAGCGGAGAAAGUUUCGUGCAAGAGUAUGUGCAAAAACCUUAUCUGGUGGAUGGUCAUAAGUUCGAUAUUGGUGUGUAUGUAGUACUGACGUCAGUUGAUCCACUGAGAGUUUAUUGGUAUAAAGGCGAUGUGCUGUUCAGAUACUGCCCGGCAAAAUAUUACCCCUUCGAUGCGAAGGACCUAGACAAAUACGUGAUCGGCGACGACUACCUGCCUACAUGGAAGGUGCCUUCGCUAGCUCAUCCCUAUACAGCACUCGGGUUUGGAAUGAAGAGCGCCUUCGACAUCUAUGCUAAAUCCAAGGGGGAUAAUCCAUCAAAAAUGUGGCAAGACGUACAAAGAGCUAUUUCUGAAGUAUUUGUAAAGAAAGAAAAACACAUUGUUGAGGCUUUGAAACAAUUUUCUUCACCAAACAAUUUCUUCGAGCUAAUGAGAUUCGAUCUCGUUAUAGAUGAAGACAUGCGAGUGUAUCUCCUUGAAGCUAAUAUGUCUCCUAAUUUGAGUUCAGCGCACUAUCCACCUAAUCAACUGUUAUACGAACAAGUGUUAUAUAACUUAUUCUUAAUAACUGGAGUUGGCUCACGUAUGAACAAUUAUUCCGACAAAAGAAACUUGAUAUUAUUGCAUUUACCCCCCACUCCCCCUACUAAGACGCCUGCUAGAACUAGGAAACUUGACAAGAGAGAUAAGCCCAAUUUAUGA